AUGAUAAGCAUGAAGAAAGAAAAACACAUCAAAGUGAGAAGAGAGAUGAUAGAGACAAAGAAAAUAAAAGAGAAGAUGGGGAUAAAGAAAGUAAGAGAGAAGAAAGAGAUAGAGAACGUAGAAGAAAAGAUAAAGAAAGAGAGCGUAGAAGAGAAAACAGAGACAAAGAAAGUAGAAGAGAAAACAGAGAUAAAGAAAGUAGAAGAGAACGUGAUGAAUACAAAAGAAGAGAACAUGAGAGUCGAAAAGAACAUAGUCGAAGAUCUAGGUCUAGAAGACGUGAACGAUCACCACGAAGAAAACAUUAGAAAUAGAAAAUAUUCCUUGACUUUCCUUUCUCUUAUUCUUAUUCUGAUUGGCUGGUGUUAUUCAGAUUCAAUGGCAUCUGUCUGUGCAACCUACCACACUCAACCACUCUUACUUACUACCACUUCUUUUCUCACUUUUCUUAGCCAAGUUAUUCCAGUCAACUUCUAUGACAAUGCAUUAAACGAAUAUAGAAAGAGAUUUUUAAGUGAAAACAAAUUACAGACUAAUUAUUGUCUUUUUUAA